AUGUCAACAAGUGCGGCCGAUAUUAUCACCUAUAUCGGUGUACCACUUGCAGUUCUUGGGGUACUGCCAAUCAUAUAUACUUGCAUUCGGGCGCUGCUCAUCUUACGCUCAAUUCGCCAUGCCCUGGCGCGUAAUGGCCAUUCUGACUCUGCUGUCACAAGAGGCAGCAUGAUGUCUGGAGUCGUGGAAGUGGAGCUACCACGGUGCACAAUAACUCCUCUUGAUCGUGACCUCGAUCCCGAAUACUGGAAGAUAAAUCCUGAAAGGUCAUCGCUCAAAGGCGGGACAUGGUCGUUUUUUCACUGGAACCGUCUCAUCACGGGCAAAAAGCUGUAUCGGAUUCAAUAUAAGGAUGAACUAAGAGUGCCCCAGGCAGAAAUCGAGUUUCAUGAACUAGUCUCCUUUUUACUGGAUCGCGGUGCGGUCCCUGACGAAAAUGGAUGGAGUAUGCUGAGGACCAGUGGGCUAUGGACGCCGACCGGAACUGUUUUGCUACGGCCACCCAAGGGUAAAUUUGGAGGAGUACUACGUAUUGGGAUAUCCGAUGAUUCUGAUGGAGUUUUAAGCUUAAUGAUUCACUGGAGCAGCGACUGGGAUAGCCGAAAUAAAAACUGCCUACCUCCGUUCUGGAUGAGAAUUCGAAAACCUAGCGUGAUACCUGCUUUAUCGUUGAACACGGACGAGGAGAAUAACAAAUCUAGCGAUUGUAUUAUUGAGAUAGAGAGAAGUCUUUCGAGUACGUCGACAGAAAAUUCAUCUACAGUCGCGCAUGGAGAAUGUGUCGCGCAUACAGACGACAGCCAAAACCAGCAACUAAACAGUGAUAAUGAACUUAAAGAUGAAACAGAGACACAUUUACUACCAUCUCUCCUGGCUUCGAUCGAGAAUAAGGGGCAGCUUUCCAAAGGCGAAGUGCGGCCAAGUGAUAGUAUUAGGUUUCGCCUCGAGGGAGACACGAUUGACCGAAUUUAUUUUGAACACGCCAACUCCCUCACAGGUGUUUUACAAGAUAUAAGCAGUUUUGGCGAAAUGGUUGCCCAAUGGUUUGUUUAUGGGGCUUCGUCUCUAGCACAGGCCGAAAACAGCGGUACGGGGAACGUUGCUCUGCCCUCGGACAUUAUCCAGGCUGUGCAAAGGGACACUGUGCCAUGUGGUAUGAUGGAAAUGCUCGGUAUGAUGCAGGAGCAGGAGCUUCCUCUUUGGUCAAGUCCCAAACCAUCUGCCAAGGACCCGUGGAAACACCACAGGCACUUUAUGGAGAAUCAGCGUCAGGCUCAGCUUGAAAAAUCGAUGCCUGCAGCACAAGCAGAGGCAGCGCGGUUAUCAAGGGAACGAGCUACUAUAUGGAGGAUGCAGGACGAUUAUAGGGAGUCUCAAAGAACGAAACAAGAGUAUGAAGAGAAGCGUUUAACAGAGGCAGUGAACUCUCCUAAGUUAAGCAACGAAGUUGUCGCAAGGGCAUGCCUGGCGUGGCUCAUCGCUCAAAAUGAUAUCCCAAAACCCUACAACAUUAUAGAUUCUGUCCGUGCUAUUUUGUACCUGAUGGUUCUGGAUUCAACCCAGGCUAAGCUGAUUGCAGAAACUUGCGAUCGCUGGAUGGUCUGGAGUAGGAGCGGUUUAAAUGUAUCAGACAUUACCGGGCUACAAGAUAAUAAGAAUUGCUUCUGUUACGCAGCCCUGAUGGUCUACACAAUGCAUACUGCUGCUCAGUCGGACGGUAAGGUUUCCACACAUAUGCAGGAGUGCCUAGGCCUGUGGAAAAAAGUCCGGUUAGGGUGA